AUGAAGGAUGCGCAGGUGGGAACCGAUUCGCAUCGUACUGAAAUUGAACGGAGUCCGGAAACUAGAUUGACAUCCGCCAGCUCAGAGCAAUACGACCAGGAUGAACCACUCACCACAAAGGUGGUAAAGGUGUUUAAAAAAAGACGCAUAGCAAAUCCUGCGCCUUAUGAUUCCGACGAUUCGUUUGAAGAGCAAACAACUCUGGACAGAGGAGCAGAAUCACUUUCGAAGACGCCCAAUGAAUUCGAUUCAGAUAUACCACGAUCGGAUGAAACAACAGCGGCUUUGCCCACUGAAAUUAGCAGCAUCGAAUAUAACGCUAGGGAAUCUAAAAUUCAAUUUGACAGCGAACAGACGGAAGCGUAUAGAAGUGAUAAUCCUCAGGGAAGUGUGCCACACGGAUUUAGGCUGGCCUCGGGCUUGGCGUUUAUUUAUAUGGCCAUUCCACCUGAUGGUGGCUAUGGCUGGGUGGUGCUCUGCCUCAGCUUUCUGGCCCAGCUCAUUGUGGAUGGCAUUGUCUUUUCUAUUGGCAUAUUGCUGCCAUUUAUAAGUGAGGAAUUUAAUGUGAGCAGUGCUGAAGUAGUGCUCGUGGGCAGUAUUCAAAUUGGAUGCUAUUUUAUGGGCGGUGCCUUCUCCAGUGCCCUCAUCAAUAGCUAUGGCUUUCGACCGGUUGCCUUGAUCGGUGUGGUGAUCUCAGCUGCUUCCAUUCUGACAGCCAGCUUCAGUACCAAUCUGCUGAUGAUGAUCAUAUUUUACAGCAUCAUUGGUGGACCAGGACUGAGCAUGAUCUGGGUGAGCUCUCAGCUGAUCAUUGGGUAUUACUUUGAGCGAUAUCGUCCUAUUGCCAGUGGCUUCUCCUGUUCCGGCGCUGGCGCUGGCAUUUUUUUAUUCUCCAUAACCAACAGCCUGUUGGCGCUGAGCAUCGGUUGGCGGAACACAAUACGUGUACAGGUGAUCCUGAUCGUGCUCAUCUUCUUUAUGGCAUUGGCCUAUCAGGAGGUGGCUCCAACUCCUGUGGGCGUGCUUCGUAGUGAUCCCAUGUCCACAUCCAGCUCGAAUGAAUACUAUGGCAAUUUCUAUGUGCACAAUUUUCUGGGUGAAGAUGUGUCCUCGAAAAGAUCACAUGCUGUGCUGGAAACCUAUGAGCCGUACGAGCGACCGGGACGAGUGCGUCGCUGGAUCAGUCGUUGUUCUCCCUGCUGUGUGAAGAAACCAACUGAAAGCGAUUAUCGAUAUCCCCUAUCAGAUGAUGAGCGAUCGGAGCGCAAUUUUGUUGUGCGUGCCGAUCCCAUACAGAAGGAGGAUCUCUUCUAUACAGGUCCAGCUGACUACGAUGUGCCACAUAACCGUGAGCAGAUCGAGGGUAAGGAACUAGAGUUAGUUGGCUCUCAAGCGCAUAUUCAAAGGGCUGCCUACGGUCUUCACAAUAUACACGACUAUGACAGCACCGAUAGAGACUCAGCUAUGCCGCCCGAUUCUGAAGGCAAUUCACCGAGAUCUUCUCCCAGUCCAACUCCGCGCAAUCAAGUUCAUCGACACAAGAAGACGCGAAAGGACAAGGAGAAGAAACGCAGUUGGUUGGGAACGAAGGCAAUGAAGGCAAUGAAUCGUCUCUUUGAUGUGCAUCUCUUGAGGUCCUUCGAGUUCCGUGUGCUGUUGGCCUCCGCCUUUCUCUAUCCAAUGGGUUUCAAUAUACCCUUUGUCUACUCCAAGGCGCGCACCACCAUCCCAACGGAGUACUCACAUUGGAUUGGACCUGCAAUUGGUGCCACCAGCUUCUUGGUGAGGAUUCUGUGUGGUUUUGUGGCCUACAAGCUGCGAGGCUGGACGAACUACAUCUGUGGUGGCGGCUUGAUGCUUGGUGGCAUUAUGGUCUUCGUCAGCGCUUUCUACGGUAGCGAUUUGAUCUGGUUUCAGUUUGUCUAUGGCUUGUUAUAUGGCGUGGCGCCAGCUGUAUUUGCCACACUCCGUGCUCUCAUAUAUGUACGUUAUUUGGGCCUUUCCAAGCUGACCAAUGCUUUUGGCAUUACGGCAUUGGCCAUGGGCUUGGGCGUCUUUAUUGGCACCACUUUUGGUGGCCUUUUGGUCGAUAAAACUGGCGGAUAUACGGCUCCGUUUGCUUUUGCCGGACUCUGCAUUACCUUCUCCGGCGUAUUAAAACUGAUUUUGCCUGCUUGGAUAAAACACCGAAAUAAUCGAAAGAUGAUUUGAUUGAAUUAUUCGUAUAUCGCUACGAUUACAGUUUACGAUGCAUUGGUUUUAUUGGUUUGUUGUUGUUCUUGUUGAUUUAUUUUACAAAAUGUCUUAUGCACUUGCAGUUGUUGUUUGUUAAUUACAUCAUAAGUGUUUUAAUGA